AUGAUUCUGUUCAAAACUACUACCCUUGCCACGGGCAUUAUCUCGUUAGCCCUUCCAGUAUAUGGCCAGGCACCCAAGAUCGAUGAUUUGGCUAAUGCAUUUGAACUGUCCGACGUGUCUCUGACUGACAGUCGAUGGAUGGACAACCAAGACCGAACGGUCAACUAUCUCCUCUCCAUCGAGCCGGACAGACUACUCUAUGUGUUCCGAAAGAACCAUGGCCUCGACACCAAAGGCGCCACAAAGAAUGGCGGUUGGGAUUCACCAGACUUCCCUUUCCGAAGCCACAUCCAGGGUCAUUUCCUCACAGCUUGGUCACAUUGCUAUGCGACACUGGGAAACAAAGAGUGUGGCUCGCGAGCUAGCUAUUUUGCCAAAGAGCUCGCAAAAUGCCAGGCUAAUAACGCAAAGGCUGGCUUCACCAAAGGCUAUCUCUCUGGCUUCCCCGAGUCAGAGAUCGAGAAGGUUGAGAACAGGACUUUGAACAAUGGCAACGUUCCGUACUAUGCCAUCCAUAAGACGCUUGCUGGUCUUCUCGAUGUCUAUCGCCGUGUCGGCGUCAAUGAGGCCAAGGAUGUUAUGCUCUCGCUUGCAAGCUGGGUCGAUACGCGCACAGGAAAGCUGAGCUAUGCCCAGAUGCAGGAGAUGAUGCGGACCGAGUUUGGUGGCAUGAACGAAGUUCUUGCUGACAUUGCAUACUACACUCAAGACAACAAAUGGUUGAAGGUCGCUCAGCGCUUCGACCACGCCACCAUCUUUGACCCUCUUCAGAACAACGUCGACAAACUAUCCGGUCUUCAUGCCAACACCCAGGUACCGAAGUGGAUCGGAGCUCUUCGCGAGUACAAGGUCUCUGGAGACAAGAAGUACCUCGACAUUGGUCGCAACGCCUGGGACUUGACCGUUCACAAGCAUACCUACGCUAUUGGCGGAAAUAGUCAAGCUGAACACUUCCGCGAGCCAGAUGCUAUCGCUAAGCACUUGACCAAUGAUACCUGCGAGGCAUGUAACACGUACAACAUGCUCAAACUGACCCGUGAACUAUGGUCUUUGGAUCCAAGCGACGCAUCGUACUUUGACUUUUACGAGAAUGCCUUGAUGAACCAUCUUCUUGGUCAGCAGAACCCCAAGGACAACCAUGGCCACGUUACCUACUUUACACCACUGAACCCUGGUGGUCGUCGCGGAAUCGGGCCCGCUUGGGGAGGAGGUACAUGGAGCACUGACUACGAUUCUUUCUGGUGCUGUCAGGGCUCCGGUAUUGAGACGAACACUAAGCUCAUGGACUCUAUCUACUUUCACACGAAGGAUACUCUCUACGUCAACUUGUUCACGCCUUCAAAGCUGAAUUGGUUGCAACGUCAAGUGUCUAUUACUCAAACGACCGAGUAUCCUCAAAAAGACUCUUCCACUCUACAGAUUGGUGGCAAAACUGGCACAUGGACUUUGGCAGUGAGGAUCCCAUCUUGGACUUCUAAAGCCUCUAUUCAAGUCAACGGGCAAACUGUCGAUGUAGAUGUCAAGCCUGGAAAGUACGCCCUUGUGAAGCGAAGUUGGAAGUCCGGUGACAAGGUGACUGUGAAGCUGCCCAUGAGUCUACGUACAAUUGCUGCGAACGACAAUCCCAACGUGGCGGCUGUUGUAUUUGGUCCUGUUAUUCUCGCUGCCAACUAUGGCGACUCUUCUGUCAACGCUAUGCCAACUAUCGACCUUGCGAGUAUUAAGAGACAGGGCAAAGAUGGUCUGAUGUUUGAAGCAAAGGCUGGCAGUGGGCAAGUCAAGCUGGGGCCAUUUUACGAUGCUCAAGGUUUUAACUACAACGUCUAUUGGAAGACCGAGGGUAAGCUUGGCCAGGGUACUAUGUAA